CUAAGCACUCAACAAUGGAGGAAAGCAAGCUCAGCUUCGUAAAGCUCAUAACUUCCCCCUCCAGCCCUCCCAACUCCUCCCCCAUCCUCUUCCUCCUAACCUUUGCCGCGUUCCUCCUCGCCUCCUUCCUCCUCUUCCACCGCCGCCGCCGUGUCUACCUCCUUGACUUCUCCUGCUUCAAGCCCCCCGGGCACUGCCGCGUCCCCUUCGCCUCCUUCGAAGAGCACGGCCGCCUCAUCCUCGGCGACGAACUCGGUCUAUUCAUGCUUCGAGUGCUCGAGAAGUCCGGUCUCGGAGAGGAGACUGCCCUCCCCGUCUCCGCCCAUUAUAUUGAACCCGUCCCCGUGCCGACUCUCGCCGGCUCUCGCGAUGAGGCGGAGCUCGUUAUCUUCUCCGCCGUCGACGACGUGCUGCGAAAGACCGGCGUCGAUCCGACGGAGAUAGAUAUACUGAUCAUAAACUGCAAUAGCUUCUUCCCUAUGCCUUCCCUUACCGCCAUGGUCGUUAACCGUUAUAAGCUUAGAAGCACUGUGAAGAGCUUCAAUCUUUCUGGCAUGGGAUGCAGCUGUGGGCCCAUCUCAGUUGGACUCGCUAAGGACCUUUUCCAGGCGAACCCGAGCGCCGGCCUGGCCCUCAUCGUCUCCACCGAGAUCAUCACCUCCCCCGCCUGGUACAUGGGUCGCGAACGCUCCAUGCUCGUCUCCAACUGCCUCUUCCGUAUGGGCGGCGCCGCCGUCCUCCUCUCCUCCCCCACCUCCCACCGCCGCCGCUCCCUCCCCCAUCCCAAAUACGAACUCCUCCACGCCCUCCGCACCCACACCGGCGCCCACGACUCCUCCUACCGCUGCCUCUACCAAGUCGAAGACUCCGACGGCAAUCUCGGCAUCUCCCUCUCCAAACAAGUCAUGGAAUUCUCCGCCGUCGCCUUAAAGCUCCACCUCACCCGCCUCGGCCUCCUCGUCCUCCCCUGGGACGAAAAGCUCCGAUUUUUAGCCUCCUACUUCCUUCCCAAGAACAAAAAGCUCGCCGGCUCGUCCUCCUAUGUGCCCCAGUUUCGGCGCGCUUUCGAGCACUUCUGCGUGCACGCGGGAGGCAAGGCGGUGGUGGACGGCGUGCAAAGGAGCUUGGGGCUGACGGAGCAGGAGGUGGAGGCGUCGAGAAUGGCUCUGCAUAGGUUCGGCAACACGUCGAGCAGCUCCGUCUGGUAUGAGUUGGGCUACACAGAGGCGAAGGGGAGGGUGAGGAAGAAGGAUCGGAUCUGGCAAUUGGGAUUGGGAAGCGGAUUUAAGUGUAACAGUGCUGUUUGGAGGUCUCUGAGAGAUGUGAAGGGGAAGGAGGAAGAAGGAGCUUGGUCUGAUUGUAUUGAUAGCUACCCUGUUCCCUUAGCGCCAUAAUAUAUUUUUAAAAUCUAAAAUUUUAUAUUUAUUUAUAUAUUUCACUUUAAUAUUUAAAUAUAAUAAUAAUAUUAUUAAAUAUUAAAGUGUUGAAUAAAUGAAUAUAAAAUAUUAGGUGUUAAAUAUAUAUAUUGUGAGUUUUUUUUUUUAAUUGCAAUUGAAUAAUGCUAUUCUUCCCAAACAUUUUUAUCCUGAAAUACAGAUGAGGGGGAUGUGGCAUAAGGUGUAAUUAUAAAAUUAUUUUCAUGG